UCUGACAUACUAAUCUAUGCUGUCUAUGAAACUAACCUUAAAAUUGGAGAUUUAUUUAUUUUUUAAUAAAUGUUGUAAAUAUAAUUUGCAAAUCUAUUGUAAAUUUAAAUACUGAAUUAACUAUGGAUUACCAUUACGAACAGACAAGUGAAGUGGAGGCGUUAGACUCGAUUUAUUAUGGAGAUAUGCAGAUUUUACAGACAAAGCCGAUGCACAAAUUCAGUAUACCGAUUAAGUCGGAAGGAUAUGAUGAUGGUGAAGGACUGGCAUGUGAGUUGGUGUUCACAUACACACCGAAAUAUCCUGAAGAGUUGCCUGUACUUGAGAUCAACACAGAUGAAAGUUUUGACGAGAUUGUGGACAAAAAUGAACUUUACAAUCAUUUGAUGGAACAAGGUAAAGAAAAUCUAGGCAUGGUAAUGAUAUUUACACUGGUGUCAGCGGGACAGGAGUGGCUCAAUGUGCAGUGGGACAGCAUCCAGAGAGAGCGGGAGGAAGAGGUUCUAGCUAAGAAGAAAGCUGAUGAAGAAGCAGAACAGAAAAGGUUUGAAGGCACGCGUGUGACGGUAGAAUCAUUCCUAGCGUGGAGAAAGCAGUUUGAAAUUGAAAUGGGUAUUCCUGCCAAAAGGGAGAAGGAAGGAAAAGACAAGAAUAAAUUAACAGGCAAAGAGUUGUUCCUGAGGGACACCACUCUUAAUGAAUCUGAUCUCAAAUUCCUUGAGGAUGGAGACGCAGUCAAAGUGGAUGAAUCAUUAUUUCAAGACUUGGAUGAUUUGGAGAUCUCAGAUGAUGACGACGAGGACUACGUGCCGGGACAGAGCAGCGAAAGCGAUUAACAAACAGCCUCGCGCCGUCAGUAGCGCAAACAAUGCAAACAUGGCCUUAACUCGCGUUAUAAUCCAUAACUUUUGAGAACGCACUCGCCAUAUUUGCUCUGUGUCAACUGUCAUGUCAAAUAUAAUGCAUAAACUUUAAGUUCUCACUCGCCAUAUUUGCUCCAUGUGUCAACUGGCAUGUCAUAAAUACGGUUUACCCUUAGAUUAAGGACUAAAAUUGUACUUUUGACAAAACUGUACUUUUGACAUGCCAUGACAGUUGAGCAAAAAUGGCGAAUGAGUUCUCAAAAUGUACGCACUAUGUUUUACCCUUAGAUUAAGAACUAAAAUCUGUGUAAAAAGUUUACACAGAGCAAAUAUGGCGAGUGCGUUCUCAAAAUGUAUGCACUAUAUAUUAUACUAAUUGUUCUAUUUCAUGAAGUCCGCUCGGCCUAGUUGCAGCACAGAAUACUCAAUAGUACGUUACAGGAACAAAAGGUUCCUAAGACAGUUACCCUGAUCUUAUUGGAUUUCUCCAUACUGUCCCAGUUAAAAAACACACUGUACAUUGGAGCCUGGUUGUAGUAGUGAGUGUAUCAAUAAGCAUUAAUGUGCUUGUGUGCGUACCGUAAACCGUCGCGGUCGAGACACUAAAACAAUGUGUACCUACAUGUGGUGCACACGCACACAAACAGCCAAACGGACUUCAUGAAAUAGCGCACCUAUAAUACAGUUAAUUUUUGUUCCAUACAUUUACGUAUAAGGUAAUUAGAAAGCUUUACAAAUAUGUUAUUUGUUAGCAUUUAAAUAGACAUGAAAAAAAGUAAUGGAAAUAUGAAAAACGCCAUAAAAGUUGGCACUCUGUUGAGAAUUCUCUAAAACCAUAUCCUUUUUUCAAACACUAAAAGGCUGUGAAAAAAUAUGAACAGUGAAUUCAACCAAAUAAGGGGCAGAAUUUGCUAUUGAUUACAAUGGUUUCAUUUUUUGUUAAUUUUCUUUUCUUUGGUGCCUGUGAAGUGCGAAUUUUGUAUACUGUACACUUUACCUAAAGACAUGUCUGGGUUUUAACAGAGCUGUAAUUUUUUUAUUUUGAAUU